UUAAAGAUGGAUUUAAGUUCGCUUCAAGAUCUGGAGAGAGAAAGAGUCCUGGAUGUUCUUCAGAGAGACAAACAGCUGCGUGCUAUUGAGGAGGACAGGAUAAGGAGGAUGAAAUAUGAGCUCCAGGAGCUGCGCCGGAGAGGCGCAAAGAGUUUCUCCCGGCAGUACAGCGAGCGGACCUGCGCGCGCUGCCAGAGGCGGCUGGGGAAGCUCUGGAACUCCGGCGCGGUGUGUCGCGGCUGCAGCCACCGCAUCUGCAGCCGGUGCCGCGUGGGUGUGGGAGCCGCGGGAUGGAAGUGCACGGUGUGCCACGCCUACAGGGAUGUGAAGUUCAGGUCCGGAGAGUGGUUCUUAGAGCAGAGGGCAAAGAAAUUUCCGGCCACCACGGACAAAUAUGAGAUGGUUGGGGAGAAAAUAUUAAAGACCUACCAUGUGCUGAGUCAUAUAUCAGUUGUGCCUCCCACUCCUCCACCCUACUUGGAUUUUCAGUAUCUGAGCAGAUCUGGGGAUUUGAUAAACUCAAAAACUUUAACCAAAUCUAUGGAAAAUGCAUUGAUGUCCUUCACCAGUCAUAUUAAAAAGAUGUCCUCGUCUCAGAGCGAUGUGCGGGGAGACCUGCUGAGAGUUGACACCCACCAGAGAGAGUCGGGCUUCAACAACAGCACUCAAAAGAGCCUCUCUGACACUGACAUCAAGACAUCUUCUUAUCUCUUCAAAGGACCCAGUCUUCCAAAUCUGUUCAAGAAAAGCAAAGACAGCGACCAGGAAGGCUCGUCAACCGGGGCGGAAGAAGAAACUCCCUGCGGCUCUGAGUACUCUGGAGGAAAGAGGGGCAGCAGCAGCAGCAUCAGCACCGACUGCGGGCUCUUCGAGGGCAUCAGCAUAGCAGGAGAGCUGGAGUUGGCUCUGGCUUUCAACACCGACACGACCGCUCUGGAAAUCACUGUCGGCGCCUGCAGAAAUCUCUCCUACGGUGACACCAGGAAGAAGAAGUGUCAUCCAUAUGUUAAACUCUACAUGAGGCCGGGGAAGAACAUCAAAAUGAAGACGACAGUCAAGAAAAACACGACGGAUCCCGUUUAUAAUGAAGUCUUAACGUAUCACAUAGAGCGCCACCUGCUGUUUGGCAAGAGACUGCAGGUAUCUGUGUGGCAUUCAGGAACGCUGAGAAGGAAGGUGUUUCUCGGUGAGGUCCUCGUCCCGCUGGACGGCUGGAGAUUUGAGGACCGGGACUCCCAGAGCUUCAACUGGUACCCACUGUGUCCAAAGUCUGAGUGUCCAGUGGGAGGCGCUGUGGAGCAAGAUGUUGGAAAUGUGCUGGUCAGAGUCAAGUUCAGCUCCAAGAACCAGGUGUCACCAUGGCAACUGGCGUUGGACACCCCAACAGGUGUAGUGAGGUCAGCUUCCUCUCACCAACAUCAGGAGAACGUGAUCAGAUUCAACGUCUCUGCCCAACAACAGACUCUUUAACAUGUGCACUGUGCAGUUUUUAUAUUGUAUGAACUGGAAGCCAUCAUUCAUUAAUUUAACUAGGAAGACAUAUAUGUUAUUUAUUUAUCAAAUGGAAUUACUUUAUAAUUAAAAGUAUUUUUGUCUGAAACUUUAUUAUUAUUUCUUAAACUAACAUGUUUAUAACUAUGCAGAAACUAUUUAUUUUAUUUUUUUAGCUCAAAGUGAGUGUGAACUAGCUGUUCUCUUUUAUCAAGUAUAAUGUUCAACUUCUUGGUUUAGAUUGUUAGCGUUUGCUAUUGAUCACGAAACUCAACGCACAGCGGAGGCGAAAGGGGAUGCAUUGUGCGGUGCCUGAAUGUGACAUGAAAUGCAUGCAUUAUAUUUUGAAUAAAGGCAUGAUUGACUAAAUUUAGGAACGUCAUCUUUAUGGCACCGUUCAUGCACAAAUGCUUCACAAAGUGCUUUACAAUUCAGUAGCUAAAAACACAAGUGUAACACCCAAUGACAAGGGCAUAUCAAUGUGUUAUUAUUAACAACUGGCAAAAUCUAAAUUUUGUCAGCAGGUUUUACCCUCUGGGAAUCAUGAAUGUUGAGAAGGAAAAGUGAAAACUUUGAUCUCCUGGUGGCGCCGGACAAAAAGUCAGAGAAAAGAAUCAGAGACAAAUCAGAUAAAAGUAUAAUAUAAUACAAUAGUUGUUGAGAUAUGUCAGUCCGGGCCGUUCCUAAAGCCACGACACAACCGAUGCUAAAGAUAUUGAACGCAAAACUUUUCUUUUUACCACAACGAAGACGAACACGACCCAUAAACACAACGAACACGACCCAUAAACACAACGAACACGACCCAUAAACUCAACAUCUUCAGGCCAAAACCGAACGAUGUCUCUGUACUAGGGAGUUUUGGUGAAACUACAAAGUAAAAAAAACACUUAUUUAUAACCAUAGACUUGUCUUUAUUGCCAAUAUGUUGCACACCUCAUUAUAUAAUCCUGUUCCUAUACAAAGUGUUUCCAUUACCGCGUCAGUGAGAAGUUGAUGUGCUCAGGUCCAUUGUGACCGAGCUGCAACAACAAAGCUCUUUGCAACGUUCACCUCAAACCCCGUGAAGAACUAAAGAAGUGGUGUCAAACAUACGGCUUGGGGCCAGAACCAGGCCGCUAAAGAGUCCAAUCCGGACCACAGGAUGACUUUGAAAAUUGAAUCAGCCAUUUUAACACUUUACAAUUAAACGCACCGCUAAUCCUCUCUGUCCACCGCGGCCGUGCUGUCCUAAUGCGAGUAGCCCGAUGCUGGAUGCCCUGCUGUAGAUCCCACCGGCUUACGUCCUGGCUGCAUGAAACACCGUCACGCGUAGCUGCAGUUCACGAGGGAGCCCCGGGUGAAAAGGAGAAAAGUGCACAGUGUCGGGUUUUCAAAGAAAAAUGGAACAGAUCCAAUUUCUCCGUACAGGUAAAUGGGACGCCAUUGUGCUUGGUGAUGGUCCACAGCACUUUUCACUUACGACAUCAGACUCACCAGAGCAAAAAAUACAAGAAGUUGGAAGGACAACUGAGAACAGAGAAGACCUGUUUUCAGGAAACAGCAGUAUGUUUUUAGUCAUAGACCAGGUGUCACUGUGUUGGAGAUAGACUGUAAGGGAUGUUUGAAAAAAAUGUAAAGACAUUUGGAGAUGUUGUUGACUCACUGGAGAUCCAAGUGUACAGUAUGCGGCCCAUUGACUUAAAUUAGUUUGACGCAUCCUGAACUAAAGGUGUCCCGAUAUGUCGUGUCGCACAGCUACGAAGUGAAAACAAGCUAGAAGGAUAAAAGCACACAUGGCCGUCUCCCACUCAACAGCAACAUGACACAGAGAAAUAAAACAUAUCAAACCUCAGCGUCCCAGUCAACACGGGGACUUUGAGGAUGAAGCCAUUACUCAGUGUGCCGUGGACUGCAAAAUAUAAGCUCACGAAAAGUGCUGAUUUAAUAACAUGUAGCUGGAUAUUUCCUAAAG